AUGAAGUUAGUUGGCGCUCUCUCGAUCGUGUUGGCUGCGCCAAGCGUUUUGGCCGACUUUGAUACUUGGUCACCGCCAGGGCCAGACGAUGUACGGGCACCUUGCCCCAUGCUCAACAGUCUGGCAAAUCACGGAUUCUUCCCUCACGAUGGCAAAGACAUUACGGAGGACGUGACCAUCGCGGCCCUCGCAGACGCCUUGAAUGUCGACAAAUCGCUGAGCCAGUUUUUGCACGACAAGGCCGUCAGCACAAACCCGACUCCAGGCGCAACGACCUUUUCGCUUAGCGACUUGAGCAACCAUAACAUUCUGGAGCACGAUGCUAGUCUAAGCCGUGCAGACUACUACUGGGGCGAUGACCACACCUUUAACGAGACCGUCUUCAAUGAGACACGAUCGUACUGGACUGACGAGACGGUGACGGUCGAGAUGGCUGCCAAUGCACGCCUGGCGCGCGUCCAUAGCUCCAUUGCCACGAAUCCGAGCUACAGCAUGAGCGACCUGGGCAACGAGUUCAGCCUGGGAGAGACGGCAGCGUAUAUCAUUGCCCUGGGCGAUCGGGACGACGCAACUGUACAAAAGAGCUUUGUAGAGUACCUUUUCGAGAAUGAGCGUCUGCCUCUCGAACUAGGAUGGGCAAGACCCGGAGAGCUCAUUGAUAUUGGGGAUGUCCAGGACAUGCUUUUCCGUGUCAUUGAUGCUACCGGUAGUGAUGCUGCAACCGUAGACAAGUUGCGAAAGAGAGGAGGAUACCAUGCAGGUCUAUGA